CGUCUGCGCCCCAUUGUCCAGCUGCAUUUUGGGAAUCCCUCAUUGUUCUACCAGCCUCCGCCCAGCUACAGUCAUGGCACCGAAAAAGGCAAAGAAGCGGGCAGCAGAGGGCGCCAACUCCAACGUCUUCUCCAUGUUUGAACAAGCUCAGAUCCAGGAAUUCAAAGAGGCUUUCACCAUCAUGGACCAGAACAGAGAUGGCUUCAUUGACAAAAAUGACCUGAGGGACACCUUUGCAGCUCUAGGGCGCCUCAAUGUAAAGCAGGAGGAGAUCGACGAGAUGCUGAAAGAAGCCUCUGGACCCAUCAACUUCACCGUGUUCCUCACCAUGUUUGGAGAGAAGCUUAAGGGAGCUGAUCCAGAGGAGACCAUCCUCAAUGCCUUCAAAGUCUUUGACCCCGAGGGGAAAGGUGUCCUGCGGAAGGAGUAUAUUACUGAGAUGCUGACCACACAGGCUGACAGGUUCUCGAAAGAUGAGAUAGAGCAGAUGUUCACCGCCUUCCCCCCAGAUGUUUCAGGCAACCUCGACUACAAGAACUUGGUCCACAUCAUCACCCACGGAGAGGAAAAGGACCAGGAGUAAAGCUUCGGCCUGUUUCGUCCUGCCACUGACCGCUGCCCCCUCACCAACUGCUGAUUCUGCUAAUGGCUGUAAGGUUUUCUUCAGCUCAUCCAGAAUAGAGGACAAGAGCCAAAAAGUCCCUGCAAAAUGAUGUGUUGUUUUUAUAUAUAAUCAUGAUUCUUUGCUUGUAAAAUAAACAGCUUUUGCACAUUUGGCUUUAUUUUAUCUUUUGAUUUUUCCUCUCAUGUUUCUAUUUAUCUGAUAAUGUAUAUCUAGAAAGCUGUAACAUUACUGAAGUGAGUGCUGAUGGAAUGGAUUAUCUUCUCAUGAAACAACAUGUCUCUUCUCUUCUUUUUCUGUUUUGAAAAUCAAAUAAAAUUAAUUUCA